AUGCCUAGGUUAGUUCUGAAAUCUGUUGCCAAUCCUCAAAAAUUCUCAGACUGACCGUCUUUAGAGAAAUCAUCACCGUUCAAGCUGGACAAUGCGGCAACAGCAGUGAGUAUUUCUAUGAACCAAUUACUCGUUUCACUUCGAGUUCUAAUAUUCGAUUUGUGUAGUUGGUAGUCAAUUCUGGCAGCAGUUGUGCCAGGAACACGGAAUUAGUCAGGAUGGCAACCUCGAGGACUUUGCGAGGGAAGGAGGCGACCGAAAAGAUGUCUUCUUCUACCAGUCGGACGAUACCAGAUAUAUCCCAAGAGCUAUCUUAAUUGAUCUGGAACCUCGAGUAUGUGAACAAGGGCGGUUACGAGCAUAUUCUGAAUAUGCGCUAACAAUUUCAUAGGUGCUUGCUACGAUACAAAAUGGCCCCUACAAGAAUAUCUACAACCCCGAAAACUUCUUCGUCGGUAAAAAUGGUGUGGGGGCAGCAAACAACUGGGGAGAUGGUUACCAAACGGGUGAGACAGUCCACGAAGAAAUCAUGGAGAUGAUUGAUCGGGAGGCGGAUGGGAGUGAUUCUCUUGAGGUGUGUACAAGACAUCAAAAUUGGUCCAUGAACAUACACUGACAAGUCCAGGGCUUCAUGAUGCUUCACUCCAUAGCUGGAGGAACCGGCUCCGGAUUGGGCUCGUUUCUCCUCGAAAGAUUAAACGACCGCUUUCCCAAGAAGAUCAUACAGACCUAUUCUGUAUUCCCAGAUACAACAAAUGCGGGAGGCGGAGGAGAUGUCGUAGUUCAUCCAUAUAACAGUUUGCUGUCGAUGCGGAGACUCACCCAGAAUGCCGAUUCGGUAGUAGUGCUCGAUAACGGUGCUCUCUCACGAAUUGCAGCAGACAGAUUACAUGUUCAAGAACCAUCAUUCCAGCAAACAAACCAACUGGUAGGAUUUACAAGCUACUUCAGGGGAAUAUUUACUUACAUGCAACAGGUAUCAACGGUCAUGUCAGCCAGUACCACAACACUUCGAUAUCCAGGUUACAUGCAUAACGAUCUAGUCAGUAUCGUUGCUGCCUUGAUACCAACGCCUAGAUGUCAUUUCCUUAUGACAUCGUAUACUCCUUUCACUGGCGACAGUGUUGAACAAGCAAAGACUGUUCGUAAAACAACUGUAUUGGAUGUGAUGCGUCGUCUUCUCCAGCCGAAGAAUAGGAUGGUUUCGACUAUUCCUGGAAAGAAAAGUUGUUAUAUUUCAAUAUUGAACGUAAUUCAAGGAGAUGUUGAUCCUACAGACGUUCACAAAAGUCUGCUCCGUAUUAGAGAACGAAAACUGGCGACGUUUAUUCCAUGGGGUCCAGCAAGUAUUCAAGUUGCGCUCACCAAGAAGAGUCCAUAUAUUCCGAUGAGCCACCGAGUAAGCGGCCUCAUGUUGGCAAACCACACGAGCAUAGCAACAGUAAGUCAAAAUUUUGAGAGUCCUCAAAUACGGCAGGCUAAUUGUUGUUUCUAGCUGUUCAAGAGAAUUGUAAGGCAAUAUGAUGGUAUGCGAAAGCGAAGUGCAUUUUUGGACGGAUACAAGAGAACCGCUCCUUUUUCAGACAAUUAUGACGAAUUUGAUGAAGCAAAGGAAGUUGUCACCGAUCUGAUUUCAGAGUAUGAGGCUGCCGAGAAUGCGGAUUACCUAAAUUCAGAUGCAGGUAAUGCAGCUACAGAGGAGGGGGAUAAUCGUGUAUCAUGAAUUGGAAUUUGAAAUCUUGCAUUUCAUUUGGGCGUCAGGUAUCCGCAUGGGCGGUCAGGGCGGGAGUUUUUAAAUGGAUGAUUAACGAUACCAAUUUGGAGAUGAUGUUGAGAGACCCCAUUUUCGGUUCUUGAUUUUCCAUAGCUUUGUUGUCAGUUUUCUCAUACUCCAUUUUUUUCCAAGUCCGAAACCUUGACGAGUGAAUACUGCUUAACGUCAUAUUACAUCAUGUUGAGCGGAGGAAAAGCUCCUGAGCUCACGCAUGCAGGUUUUGAUGGAGAGUAAAGAUCAGCUCAUAUGAUAUAAGAGCGAUGGUUACUCUACAUAUAUUUCUCAUUUCUUCUACCAUUUAAACCUCAUACCAACUUCCAAACAAAAUCAGAUCCAAAUCAAACACAAAAGCAAUACCAGAAUCAAUAUCAGAACCAACACUCAAUACCAAAAACCACAAACUAAGGUAAAUCCCCCUCUUCAACGCCCUCCUCCCUCGCCAUAUUCUAACAAACACACUACAGCAUCUCACACAAAACUGCCCGAACAACAAAACAAAGCCAGCCUCGUCGAGGAACGACGAACCAACCUUCCUCUCCCGGAAGAUCCACCCGUAGCUUCCGACUGGAACUCGGCCGAUGCACGAACAGUCAAUGUCUCAGCGGGUGGUCCCAAGGGAAGUGAUGUGUCUACGGGCGAUGCUGCGAAAUAGUGGAUUGAGUGGUGCGGCGACGAAGGGCAGUGGUGUGAGAGAGGAAGGAGGUGCGGAUUUGAGUGGUGUGGGUAGACAGGGGAAGGAGGGAUUGGAUGGUUUGCCUAAGGAUGCUUUGGCGAAGUAGGUUGUUGUGGAAGGUGAUACUACGUGUAUAUUAUGAGUGUGAAGGAUGGGGAGAAGGGUUUGAAUGAAUGGGAUUUUAUUGUUGUCUUUGUUUCUGUUUUAUGUUUGACUUUUGCUGUCUGAUUCUUUGAAAAGAAGGUUGCAUUAAUAUCUCCUUCCCUGGUGAGGUGGAUGCGAUUUGAAGCUGUUGUGUUGAUUCUCGGGGUACCUGCUUAGCAUCGCAACCCUCCUUCCCAAGUGGAAACUACGGCCCACGAAAUUUCGGAGCUUGCUCCGCUAUGCCCAGGUAAUGAUGCCAACUGUUUAAUCCCAUUGGAAGAAAAGAAAAGGGUUGAUGUCAGCAGAGAGGUGCAGUGGCAAUGGAAUGACGUUAGGAAAAAUU